GACUAAUGGUGUAAUUUAUCCCAUAUUCAUUUGCUCAAUGCUUAAACGACAUCGUUAGCUUCUUCGCCCUUUUCCCUCUAGGGUUUAAGAUUUAUGCCCUUACUUUUCAGGGUUUAAGAGCCAACUCAAAAAGGAAAAAAAAAAAAACCACUCCCCAAGUCCCCAUGAAUGAUAAAAAACAGCUUCAAAUUCUUCUCUCACCUGAAGAAGAAGAAGAAAGCCUCGAAAAAUUUCCCAGAACCCAUUUCUUACAGAGCAUUAUCAGACUCCUACUUUGGCUCACCCCUCCAAUUCUUCUCUUACUUGAAGAAAACUUCAAAGUACCCAGACCCCUAUUCCUUCAACAAGGUUCUCCACAAGCUUACAGCUUCCGACUGUGGCGCACUUUCUCUCAAGUUACUGUCUUUUUUCCUCUCCAAAGGGUCAACCCCUCACCCUUCUUCUUUCAAUUCAACCAUCUCCUUUUUUUGUAAGUUGGGACAUUGUUCUUAUGCUCAAAAGCUUGUAAAUUUGAUGCCUUUGUAUGGGUGUGAGCCGGAUAUUGCAACUUUUAAUUCUUUGAUUGAUGGGUAUUUUAAAUGUGGUGAAGUUGUUAAGGCUUGUUUGAUUGUGAAUGAAAUUAGGGUAGAUAAAUGUAAGCCCGAUUUGGUUACGUUUAAUGUGUUAUUUAAUGGGUUCUGUAAGAUGAGGAAGAAGAAAGAGGCUUUUGUUUAUAUGGGUUUGAUGUGGAAAUGCUGUUUGCCCAACGUGGUUACCUAUAGUACAUGGAUUGAUAUGUUUUGUAAAGUGGGGGAUUUGAAUAUGGGGGUUAAGGUGUUUAGGGAUAUGAAGAAAGAGAAGGUGUUGUUGAAUUCCAUUGUGUUCACCUGCUUGAUCGAUGGCUACUGUAAGGUUGGUGAUUUCGAGGCUGCGUUUGAAUUGUGUAAGGAAAUGAAACUGGCCAGGCUUGCAGUAAAUGUCGUUACCUAUACUGCACUCAUUGACGGUCUUUGCAAGAAGGGGAUGCUGGAAAGGGCUGAGUGCUUGUUUUUCAGAAUGUUGAAAGAUAAGGUUAAGCCUAAUUCUGUUGUUUAUACUUCAAUCAUUGAUGCUCAUUUCAAAAAGAGUAAUGUAACUGAUGCCCUGAAAUAUUUAGGUAAGAUGUAUGUUCAGGGACUUGAGUUUGACAUGGCAGCAUAUGGGGUAAUAAUAGCUGGCCUUUGUAACACUGGUUUGUUUGACAAAGCAUCAAUAUUUAUGGAAAAUAUGGUCAAGAGUGGACUGCGGCCUGAUAAAUUGAUGUUAACCAUGAUAAUGGAUGCCCAUUUUAAGGCUGGGAAUGUAAAAGCUGCAUUGAAUGUCUAUGGUGAAAUUUUGGCCCGUGGUUUUGACCCUGAUGUUAUCGUUCUUACAAGCUUAAUGGAUGGCCUCUGCAAGCAUGGUUGUCUAAAUGAAGCUGAAAGUUAUUUUUGCAGGGAAAAGGCUAAUAAAAUAUCUUAUACAGUGCUCAUUACUGGGUUGGCUAAGAAAGGGGAGUUUACUGAACUUAAUAGGGUUUUUAGGGAGAUGUUGGAGGCAGGGUUCACUGCAGACAAAUAUGUAUAUACUUCUUGGAUUGCCGGGCUUUGUGAGCAAGGAAAUUUGAUAGAGGCCUUUGGAGUAAAGAAUAGAAUGGUUCAAGAGGGUUUACAACCUGAUCUUUUAACUUAUAGCUCCCUUAUUUUUGGUUUAGCAAAUAAGGGUCUAAUGAUUGAAGCAAAGCAAAUAUUUGAGGAUAUGUUGAGAAGGCAAAUUACUCCUGAUGCUGCAGUUUAUGAAAUUAUGAUCAGAGGGUAUCUACAACAGGAUAAUGAAGCUGCUGUUACUGGUUUGCUUGAGGAAAUGGAAAAGAGAGGUUUUUCAAAAGCAACAUGCAAAGUAGGUGGAAAUGAAUUUCAAUGACACAUGCCGCUUUUGAUUUGACUUUGAUCAAGCUUGUCUGACCAUUAUCUGAAAUUGUAAAAGAACCCCCUUCAAUCUGGUUUGCUUACUAGAUAAUGGAACACGAGAUGCUUUCAUAGUAGGACUCCAUUCCCCAGUUUCAGGUCCAUGCACUUUAAGUAAAUAGAAUACUUUUUGGAUUGCUACCAAAGGGAAAGAUUAUUGACUGCCUCGCUGUUUUAUGCGACACUGAUGAACAAACUGGAGGCGAUCGAUCUGAUAUUUUCUGUCACUGAGUAGUACAGCCUUUGUUGUCACCUGAAGUCUUUUUGCAGUGGAUCUUAGCUUGCAGAAUACAUGCCACCAUAUUGAAACCCAGCUGUAGAAGGAACCCAAGAUGCAUGCCUUUCAGAAUCAUCACAUGUGAUGGAAAAACAAGUAUUGUAUUAUAGUUUCCCUGAACAACUACAGAUUCAUCAGCUAUCUUUCAGUUCUCCUACAGAUGCCAAAGGAACGUUGGAUCUUGUCAAAUUCCUCUUCCCUAAGCAUGCCUUGGUGAGAACCUGAAAUGGCUAUUCUUAAAGAAACUAUCCAAUCUGAAGUCAGAAUCCAGUGUUAUUCUCCUGCAAACAGUGAAACAAUGACCAUUCUUUCAACACAUAAUGGGAAAGCAGAUGCUUACAUUGGUUCAAAAGCUGCUUUUAUCCAAAUUUGAAGUGCUCAACAUGUUGUUCAGUGGAUAAAUCUUACUUGGGUUCGAAUUGACUCAAAGGCUGUUUCAAGGCUGCAGGCAAGUGAUGGAAGAAUUGCUGAAUGUAAUCUUAGUAGUGGAUGGAAAAGGUUAUACACCAGGAUGAGCUUUUGCUCCGUGUUGGGAGAAAAACAGUGGGCUUUGGACAUGCCCUCCCUGGUAAUUCUCUCUGCUGUCCCGAGAAAUGCGCUUGGAUUAGUCGAUUUUGAAUCUUUGAUAAUCUUUUUGGAGAAAAACAAUUGCCUUGAUAGAAAUAUUUGAUAAUCUUUUAGAAUGAUGAUGAAUCACUGUUAUUUUCUUGCUAUAA